CACAGUCUCGUUCCUCCUGGGAAACAUCCUGUUGUCCCCGAGACGCCCCCUGGGUCCUGUCAGCGCUCUUACCCUGCCCUAUCCUGCCCUCACCGGCUCUGCUCUGGCUAAGCUCGGCUUCUGCGCUCAGCCCCGGUAUAGAGGCCCCUGGAAGACCUGAGCACCCAGUUCACUGAAGGGGAGGGAGAGCGAAAGAAAGACAAGCUACAGGGCUGCUGCCACGAUUAGACUGUUGCUCCCGCACCAGCUGUUAUCACCAACAGCCACACACCAACUACAGCCACUCUCUCUCUCUCUCUUUCUCUCUGGCCCUGUCCCACUCUGCUACACUUUCUCCUCCUCCUUCUACUCUACUGGCACUCCACUCCGAGAGGAGCUCCCGUCGGCAAUGGACACAUACAGCACCACACCCGAGGUUCCCGCGUUCCCAUCCAAUGUAACGUGCGCACCAGUCGAUAACACGGCAGAGAACCUGAUCUUCGGAUGCUACUACAUCCUGGUCUUCCUCCUGGCCCUGAAUGGCAACAGCCUGGCCCUGUGGAUCUUCUCCCGCCAACGCGGGACCUCCUCGCCAGCCAACGUCUUCCUGAUGCACCUGGCCGUAGCUGACCUGUCCUAUGUCAUCAUCCUGCCUCUGCGAGCCACCUACCACCUGACGGGCGGGCACUGGCCAUUCGGUGAGAUCCCGUGCCGCCUGGCAGGGUUCCUCUUCUACGUCAACAUGUACGCCAGCAUCUACUUCUUGGCCUGUGUCGCAGGUGACCGGUACCUGGCGGUGGUCCAUGCCGUGCGCUCGCUCAAGCUCCGUCAGGCCCGCUACGCCCACGUGGCCAGCUUCUGCCUGUGGGUGCUGGUGACGGUUUCCAUGGCGCCACUGCUGGUGACGCAUCAGACGGCGGAGGUGAACGGCGCGACGGUGUGCCUGCAGCUGUACCGUGAGAAGGCGUCCCGGCGGGCACUGGUCUCGCUGGCCGUGGCCUUCACACCGCCCUUCCUGGCCACGCUGGCCUGCUACUUGCUCAUCAUCCGCAGCCUGCGGCACGGCUCGCGGCUGGAGCCGGCCUUGCGCCUGCGGGCGCUGCGCACCAUCGGCCUGGUCAUGUUCAUCUACGUGGUCUGCUUCCUCCCCUACCAUGCCAGCCGCGCCACCUACAUCCUGGGCUACAGCCUGGACCUGCCCUGCCGCACCCAGAGAGCCCUGGCGCUGGCCAACCGGCUCACCUCCUCCCUCACCUGCCUGAACGGGGCACUGGACCCCCUGGUGUACCUGUUUGGGGCGGAGAAGUUUCGCGGGACGCUGCAGAAGUUACUCUGCAGGGGGCAGGCGUCCAGCUCCAGCGCCACCAGUGGCGACCUCAAGGGUACACACGAGAGCUCGGUCAGUGCCAAGUCCGAGUUCUAGAAGAUGAAGGACGCUGAGAGAUCUUUCUUUUUUCAUGAACUUGAUAUAACUGGUCUGGGCAGGGCACCCAAACAUGAGUAAAUCUCAAUAUUUAUAUCGUAUUAAGUCUAUCAAUAAAAAUAGCAUUUCAUGUCUCAAAGAACUUGACAUGAGCCUCCAUAUUCAUACAGGUAAACAUAAAACAUUAUACCGCAGUAUUAUACUGAAAUGUAAUGUUGUGUAAUGUAAUAAAGUGAGUGGGAUUUAGCUUUUAUCCAAAGCGACAGGGACUCACAAUGUUGGGCUUGGGAACUGAACCCAGGCUGACCAUUUUGUUAGGCAGCAAGAGCUACCAUUGCUCCACCACAAGAUUUUAUACCAUAUUUUAUACGCAGACUUACAUUAUUUAACUCUAGUUUGUGCAUGAUUCAUAACAGUGGUCUAUGGUUAUGAAAGAUCAUAACAAGCAUUAUGAAGCAUCACUAACAUUAUUGUGGAUAUGAGGGAGCUCAUCAUCAGAAAAAGUUCUGUUCUGGGCCCCGUCCCAACUUCUGGGCAACAUUCAUUCUGGACAUUAUCCUGCCUAAUGUCUAUCCUUAGAGAGGAUGUGAAAAAAGAAUAUAAACUGAGCCAAUCUCUUCCAGAGAUUUACUUUGAAAAUGUGAUGAAACAAAAAUAACCACAUGCAUUUUCUUUAUCUGACAGGGUCAGAGAAUUCUUUCUGUGGUAUUAGAUAGAACCCCAUGAUAUUGCGUUGUAUCGUCGCUCUUCCUCAACACGAGUAACCCUUUCCUACACUUUCUCUCCUUCUCUACACACCGUACUAUCCUUAUUAUAUAACUUGCUAAUGUCUGUUUGCUAGACUUAGGCUGUUUAUAUACUCAACUCCAUGUGUGUGAAUUGCUCAUAUUUCAGAACAUUAUAAGAAAAGACUACACGUCAUGAGUCAAAGAGUUUAUACCUGGUCAUUCUCUGCCAUCUUUAAUUCAUGGGUUGUAUGUUAUUAACUCUGACAUGAAUUCCUGGGUUUAUAUUCAGACAUUCCUUAUUAAUCCCAAAACAGCUACACAUCAUCCUCAAUGGUAUAAGUAAUUUUCAUCAAUUUCCCCUUUGCUGUUUCAUAUGCUAUGCAAUCUUGCUUUUGUAGAUAAUCUUUCAAGCCAAAUCCACUGUUUGCUGUGGCACGAUUCUGAUUUUUGUACAUUGUAAUGCACUAUAUUACUACAGUGUUUCUAAGCUUUUGACAUCACAGUUAUUAUUUAGACAUUUUGGGUGUUGCCAUUCUGAACAAUGGCGAAUCAAUCUGAAAUGAUUUACCAUUUGUAUUCUUAUUUAUGAUCUUUCAGUUUAUCUUUUUCAUGUGUUUAUUAUCAGUAUUUCAAUAAAUAUAUUACAGUAUAUAAAAU